AUGUCUCGAUCAAUUAAUUAUUUUUUGGUUUUAUCAAUCAUGUUUGUACUAUUUCAGACAAGCAAGACAGAAUCUAUAGAGGUAAAAAAUCGUUUUAAUCAAUCAAAAAUAAAACAAUGGGGAAACGAAAAACAUUAUCCAACAUCAACAACUAUUGUAAAUGAUCAAUCACAGAUUUCAUCAUCGUCAUCAUUUGAAUUCUGUGUACCUUUUCAUACUUGUUCUGCAAACUUAAAUCGUACUAUAUUAGUUAUAUUGGUUCCUAUAUUUAUUCUGAUCACUUGUUUUUAUUAUAAUUGUUAUGAAUAUUGUACAGUGAAACAUGAACUUGAUGUAGAAAAACCAAGACGAUUACAUCUAUAUCAAUAUGUUGAUGAUUCUAUACAUAACCAAGGUUUUUCAAUAUAA